CGGUCCGGGAGGAAUCCGCUGUCGCUUCAGCUCCCGUGGUGGUGAGAAUGCAGGUCAAGAAAUCCUGGAUUGAAGGAGUAUUCUACAAGAGAGAAUGCAACAAAUUCAUUCCCAGCUCAAAAGAGCCUCACAGAUGCACUUCAGACUGCCAAAUCUGCCAUAACUUAGUCAGGUGUUACUGUGGACGGCUGAUUCAAGAACACCAUGGGCUAGAUCAUGCCUGGAGCCUCUCAGCCACUGAGGGCAAUGGAAACGAGCAGUGGUCUGUGGAAAAGCACACAGUGAAAAGCCCUACAGAUACCUUUGGCACCAUUAAUUUCCAAGAUGGAGAACAUAUCUACCACUCCAAGUACAUUAGAACGUCUUGGGAUACAAACUCGGAACAUCUGUUGCACUUAAUGUUGAAGGAGUGGAAUAUGGAGCUGCCGAAGCUUGUGAUCUCUGUCCAUGGGGGUCUUCAGAACUUCAAGAUGUCCUCCAAGCUGAAAGAGACCUUCAGCCAGGGUCUGGUCAAAGCUGCGGAGACCACAGGGGCAUGGAUAAUCACAGAAGGCAUAAACUCAGGAGUGUCCAAACAUGUUGGGGAUGCCCUAAAAGCUCAUUCCUCUAUGUCUUUGAGGAAAAUCUGGACAGUUGGAAUCCCUCCUUGGGGUGUCAUUGAGAACCAGAGAGAGCUGGUUGGAAAAGAUGUGGUAUGUAUGUACCAGACGCUGAGUAACCCACUCAGCAAACUCACCACACUCAACUGUAUGCACUCCCACUUCAUCCUGUGUGACGAUGGCACUGUGGGCAAGUACGGAAAUGAAGAGAAGCUCAGGCGGAACCUGGAGAAGCACCUCUCAAUGCAGAAAAUACACACCUGCUCAAGACAAGGUGUGCCUGUGAUAGGGCUGGUGAUGGAAGGAGGCCCCAAUGUCAUCCUCUGGGUAUGGGAGACUGUCAAGAACAAGGAGCCUGUGGUGGUGUGCGAGGGAACGGGCAGAGCUGCUGAUCUCUUGGCCUUCACCUACAAGCAUUUGGAGGAUGGAGGGAUUCUACGCCCUCAGGUGAAAGAAGAGAUCUUCUGUUUGAUUCAGAACACGUUCAACUUUAGCCUUAGACAAUCUAAGCACCUUUUCCAAAUUCUAAUGGAGUGCAUGGUACACAAGGAUUCUAUUACCAUAUUUGAUGCUGAUUCUGAGGAGCACCAAGAUCUUGAUUUGGCCAUCCUUACGGCUUUACUGAAGGGUACAAACUUAUCAAUAUCAGAACAAUUAAAUCUGGCAAUGGCUUGGGAUAGAAUGGACAUUGCCAAGAAACAUAUCCUAAUUUAUGGACAACAUUGGAAGCCUGGCACUCUGGAACAAGCAAUGUUAGAUGCCUUAGUGAUGGAUCGAGUGGACUUUGUGAAACUCUUGAUAGAGAAUGGGGUGAACCUCCAUCGCUUCCUCACCAUCCCUCGGCUGGAAGAUCUCUAUAACACAAAACAAGGACCAACAAAUAAGUUUUUGCGUCAUCUUGUCCAAGAUGUAAAGCAGCAUACCCUUCUCUCAAGCUAUAGAAUCACGCUCAUCGACAUUGGGCUGGUAAUAGAGUACCUCAUUGGGGGAGCGUAUCGGAGCAGCUACACUAGGAAGAGUUUCAGAGUCCUCUACAACAGCCUCUACAGGAAACACAAGGGUGUGACCAGCUUUGCUCAGGGACUUUCCCAGCAACCUCUUUAUCAGAGACAUUCACUGGGAAAUAGAAAGGAAUCUUCUGAAAGCACACUGCAUUCUCAGUUCUUCAGGACGGCCCAGCCCUACAAAUCCAAGGACAAGCCUGAAGACUCUCAUAAAUCAAAGAAGAAGUCCAAGGAAAGACACAGCCUGUCAGAGGACCCUGGGAUUGCUGGCUUUAUCUACCCAUACAAUGACUUGCUGGUGUGGGCUGUCCUCAUGAAGAGGCAGAAGAUGGCCAUGUUUUUCUGGCAGCAUGGAGAGGAGGCCACAGUGAAGGCAGUCAUUGCUAGUAUCCUCUACAGAGCUAUGGCCCGGGAAGCCAAGGAGAGCAAUAUGGUGGAUGAUACUUCUGAAGAGUUGAAAAAUUACUCAGAGCAGUUUGGCCAGCUCGCCCUGGAUGUAUUAGAGAAAGCCUUCAAGCAGAACGAGCCGAUGGCCAUGAAGCUGUUGACCUACGAACUCAAGAACUGGAGCAAUUCCACCUGCUUGAAACUGGCAGUGUCUGGGGGCCUGCGCCCUUUUGUGUCGCAUUCUUGUACCCAAAUGCUGCUGACAGACAUGUGGAUGGGGCGUCUGAAAAUGAGGAAAAACUCCUGGCUGAAGAUAAUCAUCAGUAUCCUCUUACCACCCAUGAUUUUGACGUUGGAAUUUAAAAGCAAAGCGGAGAUGUCCCAUGUCCCACAGUCCCAGGAUUUCCAGUUUACAUGGAAUUACAGUGACCAGGGCCUGAGUAACACUAAAGAAAGUGUUUGUGCGAAAGACUGUGAUUUGGAAAGAGGCCCUGAUGAGAAACUGGAGGAAACUUUGCAUUUAGACUUAAGAAAUGUGCCGCAGAGCCUCCCCUGGACCAGGAAAGUCUACGAGUUCUACAGCGCUCCGUUUGUCAAGUUUUGGUUUUACACGAUGGCUUAUUUGGCAUUCCUCAUGCUGUUCACUUACACAGUGUUGGUGGAGAUGCAGCCCCAACCCAGCGUGCAAGAGUGGUUUGUCAUCAUCUACAUCUUCACCAAUGCUAUCGAGAAGGUCAGGGAGAUCUGCAUUUCAGAACCAAGCAAGUUUACCCAGAAGGUGAAGAUGUGGCUCAGCGAGUACUGGAACCUCAUGGAAACUGUGGCUAUCGGCCUGUUUGCCAUUGGCUUUGGCCUACGGUGGGGUCAUCAACCUUUGCAUACUGCAGGGAGGCUCAUCUACUGCAUAGACAUCAUAUUUUGGUUUUCUCGGCUCAUGGACUUCUUUGCUGUGAAUCAACAUGCAGGCCCAUAUGUGACCAUGAUAGCAAAAAUGGCAGCAAACAUGUUCUACAUUGUAAUCAUCAUGGCCAUUGUCCUGCUGAGCUUUGGUGUGGCACGCAAAGCCAUCCUCUCACCAAAGGAGCCUCCUUCGUGGCGCCUGGCUCGUGAUAUCGUAUUCGAGCCAUAUUGGAUGAUGUAUGGAGAAGUCUAUGCUUCAGAAAUAGAUGUUUGUUCAAAUGGGACUUCUUGCCCUCCGGGUUCUUUCCUGACUCCAUUCCUGCAAGCUGUCUACCUCUUUGUGCAAUACAUCAUCAUGGUGAACCUGCUGAUUGCCUGUUUCAACAACAUUUAUUUAGAUAUAAAAUCCAUCUCGAACAAGCUCUGGAAAUACAACCGCUAUCGCUAUAUCAUGACCUACCACCAGAAGCCCUGGCUGCCCCCACCGUUCAUCCUGCUGAAUCAUAUGUGCCUGCUCCUCCGAGGUCUGUGCUGUCGCCCAACACCACAGGACCAGGAAGAGGGUGAUGUAGGACUAAAACUCUACCUCACUAAGGAUGACUUGAAAAAGCUUCAUGAUUUUGAAGAACAGUGUGUGGAAAAAUAUUUCCAUGAGAAGACGGAAGGUCUGAAUUGUAGUUUUGAGGAACAAAUCAGAGCGACAUCAGAAAGGGUAUCAGAGAUGUUCUUCCAACUCAAAGAAAUGAAUGAAAAAGUAUCUUUUAUAAAGGACUCCCUACUAUCCCUGGACAGCCAAGUGGGACACCUACAGGACCUCUCGGCCCUAACUAUUGACACCUUAAAGGUCCUUUCUGCUGUUGACACCUUGCAAGAAGAUGAGAUUCUUCUAGCCAACAGAAAAGAUUCUACUUGCAGAAAACGACCCCAUAGUUGGACCAAUGUCAUCUGUGCCAAGAUUCUAAGUGAUACGGAAAGCUGUGGCAAGAAAUUUCAGUACUACAGCAUGCCCCCUUCUUUGCUGAGGAGCCUUGCUAGAAGCCAGCUUCCUCCAAGAGUGCAGAGGGGUGCCCUUGUAGAGGUUACACACAGUAAGAGAGAGGCCUCACAUGUAAGAGAAGACCAGGAAGAACGUGAAAUGGAACAGAGGACAGUCGAUUCUGGGGUUUCCCAUGUCAGGCAAGCACACUCUAAGUAUGGCCAGUUUCUUCUGGUCCCAUCUUCUGGAAAACAAGUUCCGUUGUCUUUGGAAAACUCCCCACGUCUUUUCAGAUCAUCUGAGGAGGCAGGCAUCGAUGGUCUGGCAUUGGAACACAUACACCACAGUGAUAUCACUAUCCACUUGCCUGGGCAGACUCCUGCUGCCUCUCAUCAGGCAUUGGUAGCCGAACACAAAGAUCAGCAUGAGGCAGUUACACAGAUGCCAGAGAAGCCUAACAAGGGAGAACAAGACUCACUGGCAUUCAGUGGCACGCCUACUCCCAUGACAAUGACUUCUCUUCCUUCGAGAGCUGUCAGCAUGCAAGAUGAAGGUGGAUAUGUGAACUGGGCAUUUUCAGAAAGUGAUGAAACAGGUGUGUUUAGCUUUAAAAAAAAGUGGAAAACUUGCUUGGCCUCCACUUGCAACAGUGACCCCAAUCCAGAUGGAGAUGGCUCACUGGAGACUGGAGGCAGGUCUGGACUGGAUAACACAAGAAAACUGGCCCAGAGUUGUGAGUGCCCAGCAGGAUCAUGGACCGAGACAAGAAGAUCCUUUUGGAUCAAUCCUCUCUGCAGAGAUAAAGCUCUCAUUAGAAGUCGUAGCUUUAGAUUCCACAAGGAGGAGAAACUGAGGAAGACCUGGAAGAACAACAGCCAUUCAAAAUCCUCAGAGACCGGGUCAACAUGGCUCAAAGCAAAACUGCUAACCAAGAACAGGAGCCUGUCAAAGAAAAAGAGGAAGACCCAGGGACUCCAGGUGCCAGUGAUAACAGUCAAUGCCUGCUAUCAAAGUGACCAAUUGAAUUCAGAGCCAGGAGAAACUAACGCCACUGAAGAGUUCAGCAAGAAUUGGCUCUCUGUGUCCAACUUCAGCCAGAUAGGUUUAGAACCUUAUAUAUACCAGAAAAUGAAAAUGAAGGAACUCGAACGACAUACCACACAAGCCAGUGACCACCUAAGGCAGCCACAAGAGGACCCAGAUAAAAACCCCUCAUGGAAUUCCACGAGCACUAGCCUCAGCAGGAGUUUUCUAACAAGAAGCUCAAAUGAAGUUGACAAGAUCUCAGCCUCCUUAAAAAGCCCUCAAGAGCCUCACCACCAUUAUUCAGCCAUUGAAAGGAAUAAUUUAAUGAGACUGUCUCAGACCAUACCAUUUACACCAAUCCAGCUGUUCACAGGAGAGGAAGUGACCAUCUACAAGCUUGAAGAAAGUUCCCCUCUCACCCUUGAUAAGAGCAUGUCCUCUUGGUCCCAGCAUGGCAGAGCUGCCAUGAUCCAGGUGCUGUCACAAGAGGAAAUGGAUGGGGGCCUCCGUAAAGCCAUGCGAGUUAUCAGCACCUGGUCUGAGGAUGAUGUUCUCAAGCCUGGGCAGGUUUUCAUUGUGAAGUCUUUUCUCCCAGAGGUUGUGCAGACAUGGUAUAAAAUCUUCCAGGAGAGCACGGUGCUUCAUCUUUGUCUUAGGGAAAUUCAACAGCAAAGAGCUGCCCAAAAACUCAUCUAUACCUUCAACCAAGUAAAACCACAAACCAUUCCCUAUACACCAAGGUUUCUCGAGGUUUCCUUGGUCUACUGCCAUUCGGCCAACCAAUGGUUAACCAUUGAGAAAUACAUGACAGGGGAGUUCCGGAAAUACAACAACAACAAUGGCGAUGAAAUUGCCCCCACCAAUACCCUGGAGGAACUGAUGUUGGCUUUUUCUCACUGGACCUAUGAAUAUACCCGGGGAGAACUGCUGGUUUUAGAUUUGCAAGGUGUUGGAGAAAAUUUGACAGAUCCGUCUGUUAUAAAACCAGAAGACAAACAAUCAAGAGGGAUGGUGUUUGGACCGGCCAAUUUAGGGGAAGAUGCAAUUAGAAGCUUCAUUGCAAAACAUCGCUGCAACUCCUGCUGUGGGAAGCUCAGGCUGCCCGAUUUAAAAAGAAAUGAUUACUCCCUUGCAAGGGCCCACUGCAAUUCAGGACUUUCGAAAACCAUUGAACCAGUUGAGGCGCUUCCAGAAAGAGACAGAGAUAGAAGUUCCCUGGAAGAUCACACACGCCUUUAAGAAGGAUGGUGAAGGAAGAUGAUGGUGGUCCCUUAGCUCCUUCUGCCAUAAAUUCUGUGGUGACAGACUGAGACUGACAUAGAUCAUGUCAGUCUCAGUCAUGAUGACUUUACAAUGUGCACCUACCUGGAAGUGCCCUCUGAGCCUUAUCUCCUACUGCUCAGAGGACACAGUGCAUAGUGCAGGGGGCCUCCUGGAUAUUGACUUCUGAGAAGAAUGUGUGGCAUACAUUCUCAUCUCCCGGUUCUGUAUGAAGAUGCUAGAUAAGUCAGUCGGGAAUACUUUCCUUUAUACCUCAUUGCUUCAGCUGGCCACUUGGAGUAGAAUGCUAUGUACUAAAGAACCAGGGAAUAAAUUAAUUUAUUUUCUCACUGCGUUUGAA